AACGGCUCGAUUACAAAAAAAAAGUGAAGAAAGGCUCUGUAGUGCUGCAAAUCUACUAAUUGCACUGCAGAAAAGGCUGUAGACUAUUGUACCAAAAACUUUUCCUUUUACCAUCACCAACAGGAAAAGAAAAGUGAAGAAAUCUGAGAAUUUCCCCUUUGGAUUCCAUCACAUUCCUUGCAGCUCAGCUAAAUCACCGAAUUUUCAACAAAUUACUUUGUGGGUUUGGUUUGUUCUUCAUUUUGGUUUUGGUUUUGACUCUCAUUUCUUGGCAUCAUUAUUGUUACUAUUAUUUUAUAAGGUCCCCAACAAGGUUAGUCUGUCCUUUUCUUUGCUUUAUAAGGUGGGUUUGGGUUUGGGUUUGAGUUUGAUUUGGUUUUGGUCGUUUUUCUGGCAGAGAUCUUGUUUAACUUUUGUGGGUCUUUAGUCUUUUGUCUGCAUUUUUGAGGUUGAGUUUUUACUACUACCUUAACUUCUGGGCAAGAAGAACGCUAAUAUAUAUCGAGUUCUGUUCUUUUUCCCAUUUCAAUAUAAGAAGGUAUAGAAAGACAUAUUAUCUUUGAUUAUUUCGAUUGUAAGGAUAGUUAGGAAUAUUUGUCGUGUGACCGGAAAGAUCGCUUUUUUCCUUUUUCCCUUUCCCCUUUGUUAACCUUGAAUCUUAGGUAACUAACUGUUUUGAGUGUUCUUCUUUUUAGACUUCGUCUUUAGAUAGCGUGGAACGAUACUUCUUAGUGGUUUUGGAGCUGUGGAAUUUUUGAGCUUAAGUUUGUGAUGGUUGUAAAGUGAAAGUUGGAAAUUUGUCCUUACUUUUCCAGUACUAUUUUCAUCCUUUUUGUUUGUGGUUGCUGGAGAAAACUCAUCCGGCUAUUGUGGAGAUCUGGGACAUUUUUCAUCUAUUAUGCCCUAUGAGAACGUUCUUUCCUUCCGAGUCUUGCAAAGAGACAGAACUCAAUUCUAUUAAUCCGCAGUCAUGGCUUCAAGUUGAAAGAGGCAAGCUGUCUAAAAUUUCGUUCGAGUCAAAUUCUUCCAUAGAAUCUCUCAUUAAGGUACCCGAGCCUUCCAUUUUGCCAUAUUUUAAACCUGCUGAUUAUGUGGAAGUUUUAGCUCGACUUCAUGAAGAACUUGAGGCAUGUUCUCCACAAGAGAGGUCAAAUCUCUACUUGUUGCAGUAUCAGGUAUUUAAGGGUCUGGGGGAAGUCAAAUUAAGGCGAACCAGUCUGCACUCAGCUUGGAUAAAAGCUAGCUCUGUUUAUGAGAGGCUUGUGUUUGGGGCAUGGCUAAAGUACGAGAAACAAGGUGAAGAGCUCAUUUCUGACCUGAUGUCAUCUUGCGGAAAAUGUGCAAAGGAAUUUGGGAUGAUAGAUGUUGCCUCUGAGCUACCUGCAAGCUCUAACUUAUUUUCAUCUGGAACUAAUGUGGACAACGGGAAAGCUGUUUCAGGACAAGUUUCUUUCCGGAUUGGGAAUGAGAGAAUACUGUGUGACAGGCAGAAAAUUGCUGGCCUUUCAGCUCCAUUUCAUGCCAUGCUUAAUGGGUGUUUUACAGAAUCGUCUCUUGAGGAGAUUGAUAUGUCUGAAAACAACAUUUCCCCUUUAGGAAUGAGGGCGAUUAGCGAAUUUAGCGUAGCAGGAUGUCUAAACGAAGUACCUCCCAACCUCUUGUUGGAGAUACUGGUACUUGCCAACAACUUUUGCUGUGAAAGAUUAAAGGAUUCCUGUGAUAGAAAACUUGCUUCCCUGGUAUCUUCCAGGCAAGAUGCAGUGGAACUCAUGGAGUAUGCUCUUGAAGAAAAUUCCCCUGUUCUUGCUGCAUCAUGUUUCCAAGUCUUUCUACAUGAACUUCCUGAGUCUCUGAAUGACAGUCAGGUAGUCAAGUUGUUGUGCAAUUCAAAUAGGGAGCAAAGGUCAAUUAUGGUUGGCUCAGCGGCAUUCUCUCUCUAUUGUUUAUUAGGUGAAGUCUCCUUCAACCUUGAUCCAAGGUCAGACAGAACAGUUUGUAUCUUAGAACAGUUGGUUGACUCUGCAGAAACUACUCACCAGAAAAUGGUGGCAUAUCAUCAGUUGGGAUGUGUUAGACUCCUUAGAAAAGAAUAUAACAAAGCUGAACAACUCUUUCAGGCUGCUUUAGAAGCAGGCCAUAUUUAUUCUGUAGUUGGAUUGGCUAGAAUAAACCACAUCAAGGGUAAUAAACAAUGGGCUCAUGAGAAACUCAGUUCAGUCAUUUCCUCUCAUUCGUCACUAGGAUGGAUGUAUCAAGAGAGAUCACUAUACUGUGAAGGUGAAAGGAGAUGGGAAGACCUUGAGAAAGCAACUGAGCUUGACCCAACCCUAGUUUACCCCUACAUGUAUAGGGCAGCAUCCUUAAUGAGGAAACAAGAUGCACAAGCUGCCCUCAGUGAAAUCAAUCGCAUUCUUGGCUUCAAACUGGCAUUAGAGUGCUUGGAACUGCGAUUUUGCUUCUACCUAGCCCUUGAGGACUAUCAAUCAGCAAUAUGUGAUAUUCAAGCUAUCCUUACACUUGCACCACAUUAUAGGAUGUUUGAUGGACGGGUUGCUGCAUCCCAACUCCGGACUCUUGUGCGCGAGCACGUUGAGAAUUGGACGACAGCAGACUGCUGGCUUCAGCUAUAUGAUAAAUGGUCUUCAGUUGAUGACAUUGGAUCACUUUCUGUGAUAUACCAAAUGCUCGAAUCUGAUGCCGCAAAAGGAGUUCUAUACUUCAGACAGUCCUUGCUUCUGCUUAGGUUGAAUUGUCCUGAAGCAGCCAUGCGAAGUUUACAAUUGGCUCGCCAACAUGCAUCAAGUGACCAUGAGCGUCUAGUUUAUGAGGGAUGGAUUUUGUAUGAUACAGGGCAUUGCGCCGAAGGGCUUUGGAAAGCAGAGGAGUCUAUUAGCCUUAAGAGGUCUUUUGAAGCCUUCUUCUUAAAAGCCUAUGCAUUGGCUGACUCUUGCCUGGACCCAUCCUGUUCCUCCGUCGUUGUAGCUCUUCUUGACGAAGCCUUGAAAUGCCCCUCAGAUAGACUACGCAAAGGUCAGGCCCUGAACAAUCUUGGGAGUGUCUAUGUUGACUGUGGUAAACUAGAUGCUGCAGCUGAUUGCUACAUCAAUGCCCUCAAGAUUCGACAUACACGAGCCCACCAGGGCCUUGCUCGAGUCCAUUUUCUGAGAAACGAUAAGAAUGCAGCCUAUGAGGAGAUGACAAAAUUGAUUGAGAAGGCCAGAAACAAUGCAUCUGCAUAUGAGAAGAGGUCAGAGUACUGCGAACGUGAACUCGCAAAGGCAGAUCUAGAGAUGGUCACUCGUUUAGAUCCUCUUCGAGUUUAUCCCUACAGAUACCGAGCAGCAGUUCUGAUGGACAACCACCAGACGAAGGAAGCAAUUGCAGAGCUAUCGAGGGCAAUCGCGUUUAAGGCAGACCUUCACCUACUACACCUGCGUGCUGCCUUCCAUGAACACGUUGGCAAUGUAAUGGGAGCUCUGCGAGAUUGUCGAGCUGCGCUCUCAGUUGAUCCCAACCAUCAAGAAAUGCUUGAAUUUCAUAGCCGUGUCAACAGCCGGGAACCAUGAAAAGGAACCAUGAAAAGGAGGAGAAAGGGUAAGGGCAGAAAGACAAGGAAACCCCUCCCCACCUCUCCACCAAAAGGCCAAAACCAACCCCCAAAAAAAGAGAAGGUAAAAACUUAAAGAAGAGGGGCAACUUCAAAAUUGUACUUGUACACCAUCAGUGAGACGGUGAGUGUGACUGCCAGUGAGCCUGUCCGUGUAAUACAAUCCCCCGCCCCCUCUCAAUUCUUCCUUGUUCUUAAAUUUUGUAACAAUGUACAAGAAUUUUUGUUUCAUUCAUACUAGUAUAAGUUUAUCAAUGUAAAAAAAAAAAAAGAGGUGUCAUUUCUAUUCA